UCCCCGGGCCCGGCCCUAGGCGCCUGGCCCCGCCGCCCGGGGCGCGCAGCCGGGAGGACGCGGAGCCCGCGCGGCGCGGAGGAGGCGGCGGCCGCCGAGCUAGAGGGGCGCCGGGGCGGACGGCCCGCGCGGCCCCCGGAGCCAUGGGCAAGUGCAGCGGGCGCUGCACGCUCGUCGCCUUCUGCUGCCUGCAGCUGGUCGCUGCGCUGGAGCGGCAGAUCUUUGACUUCCUGGGCUAUCAAUGGGCUCCUAUCUUAGCCAACUUCCUGCACAUCAUGGCAGUCAUCCUGGGCAUCUUUGGCACCGUGCAGUACCGCUCCCGGUACCUCAUUCUGUAUGCAGCCUGGCUGGUGCUCUGGGUUGGCUGGAAUGCAUUUAUCAUCUGCUUCUACCUGGAGGUUGGACAGCUGUCCCAGGACCGGGACUUCAUCAUGACCUUCAACACAUCCCUGCACCGCUCCUGGUGGAUGGAGAAUGGGCCAGGCUGCCUGGUGACACCUGUCCUGAACUCCCGCCUCGCCCUGGAAGACCACCAUGUCAUCUCUGUCACUGGCUGCCUGCUUGACUACCCCUACAUCGAAGCACUCAGCAGUGCCCUGCAGAUCUUCCUGGCUCUCUUUGGCUUCGUGUUCGCCUGCUACGUGAGCAAAGUGUUCCUGGAGGAGGAGGACAGCUUUGACUUCAUCGGUGGCUUUGACUCCUACGGAUACCAGGCGCCCCAGAAGACGUCGCAUUUACAACUGCAGCCUCUGUACACGUCGGGGUAGCUUCUGUCCCGCGCCCAUCCAGUUGCCACAAGCUUGUUGGCUAGACUGAAGCCGCUGGCGCGAGCUUGGGCCAAAAUAGCAGGCGCGCCCCCUGGCGGCUCGCGGACCGACUGCAGCCUGCGUGGGCUGAGUCUGCCGCGGACUUGGACUUGGCCCUUCGCAGCCCGACUCCAGGGAGGCGGGCCGGCCGGGCGGGGUAGGGGAUCGCGGGGUUUGUAUUUUUUUUAUCUCAGCCUUGGCGGGCACUGGGGCCUCCCUCCCUUCUCCAGCCUCUCUCUUUCGAAACCCUUCACCCCACUUCCGGUCCCCUGUCCAGAGAGAAAUGGCAUUCACCCCGUCUCACCACACUUUCACCAGCCCUGGGGAGAGUUACUGUGAACUAGAAGCAGGAGUCCUGGGUUCCAGUCGCAGCUCCAUCACCAACUGUCUGUGUGACAUCUGGCAAGGCCCUUCUUUGCCCUCUCUGGGCCUCAGUUUCCCUCAAUUAAAAUAACCUCUUAGCAGAU